GUUUUCAGAUCACUCUGGGCUACAGAACUUUGCUUUCUGAAGGUGGCACCGCAGGUGUGAGUCCUGGUGACUGCCAUUACCUGUUCUUUAGAGAUGGCUCUGCAGAUCCCCAGCCUCCUCCUCCUCUCAGCAGCUGUGGUGGUGCUGAUGGUGCUGAGCAGCCCAGGGACUGAGGGCGGAGACUCCCCAAGGGAUUUCGUGUUCCAGUUCAAGGGCCAGUGCUACUACACCAACGGGACGCAGCGCAUAAGGCUCGUGACAAGACACAUCUACAACCGGGAGGAGUACGUGCGCUUCGACAGCGACGUGGGCGAGUACCGCGCGGUGACGGAGCUGGGGCGGUCGUGGGCCGAGUACUUCAACAGCCAGCAGGAUACCCUGGAUCGGGUGCGGGCCGAUGUGGACACGGUGUGCAGACACAACUACGAGGGGGGGGAGUCCAGCACGACCCUGCGGCGGCUUGAGCAGCCCAAUGUCGCCAUCUCCUUGUCGAGGACAGAAGCCCUCGACCACCACAACCUGCUGGUCUGCUCGGUGACAGACUUUUACCCAGCCCAGAUCAAAGUGCGCUGGUUCCGGAAUGGCCAGGAGGAGACGGCGGGGGUCGUGUCCACACAGCUUAUUAAGAAUGGGGACUGGACCUUCCAGGUCCAGGUCAUGCUGGAGAUGACUCCUCAGCGGGGGGAGGUCUACACCUGCCAUGUGGCUCAUCCCAGCCUGGAGAGCCCCAUCACUGUGGAGUGGCGGGCACAGUCUGAGUCUGCCCAGAGCAAGAUGCUGAGCGGCAUCGGGGGCUGCGUGCUCGGGGUGAUCUUCCUCGGGCUUGGCCUUUUCAUCCGUCAUAGGAGUCAGAAAGGACCUCGAGGCCCUCCUCCAGCAGGACUCCUACAAUGAUUCAGAGUGUUUUGACUGUGUUGACUGUCUCAUGUAAGGCCUGCAUGUCCCUGCCCCAAAUUCUCAUCUGUGUCAGCCUGCCUGCCACUCUUGGAUUCAGCUUCUAGCAUGGUGCUAGUGCACUUAGCUCAGCUCUUUCAAUCCCCGAGUCUCCAAGGAUCUGUGUUAGGCUCUGUCCCAGGCUGAUUUUAGAGAUUGUGUAUUGCACACCCCAGGCUUUCUGUUUCCACUGUCCACAUGGGCUGCUGAAUAAAUGUGCUGAAAUCA